AUGACCUACAUCAUCAUCUUGGCGUGGGCUCUGCUUUACCUGAUCUUCUCCUUCAGCUCUCAGCUUCCUUGGGCCAGCUGCCAAAACUACUGGAACACUGCAAACUGUUUGGACUUUACAACAGAAAGCAACACAUCAUGGAACAAUGACAAUUUAUCGACCUCUGCUGCCACUGAAUUCUGGGAGCACAGAGUUUUGUCCAUCUCCGAUGGAAUAGAGCAGAUUGGCAGCAUCCGUGUGGAGAUUUUGUUGUGUCUAACUGCCAUGUGGAUCAUUUGCUACUUUUGCAUCUGGAAAGGGGUCAAGUCAACAGGAAAAGUGGUCUAUUUUACUGCCACGUUUCCUUAUGUGAUGUUGUUGAUUUUACUGAUUCGUGGCCUGACUCUGCCUGGAGCAAUGGGGGGAGUGGUAUAUUAUCUUUUGCCAGAACCAUCGCACCUCUUGGACCCUCAGGUUUGGAUGGAGGCGGGUUCUCAAGUCUUCUUUUCCUUCAGUGUUGGCGUGGGCUCUCUGACUGUGCUGGGCAGCUAUAACAAGUACAAAAACAACUGUUAUAGAGACUGUAUGUGGCUGUGUUUGCUGAACAGUGGGACCAGUGUAGUAGCAGGAUUUGCAGUCUUUUCUGUGCUUGGAUUCAUGGCAAAAGAACAGGGUGUAUCUGUUUCUCAGGUGGCUGAGUCAGGACCAGGGUUGGCCUUCAUAGCAUACCCUCAGGCUAUCGCCAUGAUGCCCCUGAGCUGUGGGCUGUUUGCUUCUUUGUAA